GACUCAUCCGAGAUUAUGUUGUUUAAUAUGCCCAAGAAACUUCCUCCGGGAGGUAAAGAGAUGAGCAGUAUCGUUCUCUCAAAUCAAAAAGUGAUUGAUAUUAUUGUCAACUUUUUAACCAAAGCAGAGCCAGAUACGUACAGGCUGGGACAUAUUCAAUCAAACAAUAAGCGUGAGAGUGUUGUUUACUUGCCGCGCUCCUCUGUCUCAGAGACCCAUCCGCCUAUUGUUGUUUUAGUUCAAGACAAUGUGAACAGAAAAUAUAUGUCUGAACUUAUUGAUCAAUCUAUUGAUGCAUCUGAAAAAUACGACGUGCUUCCACAUGUCCUCUUGAUUUGUACAGAUAGCGUUGAUGAAAAAAUACUUGGUAACUCUGAGCCUGUCAAAGAACACGAAUCUUUGCAUCAAGCUGUAUGUACCUUCUGGGCCAAAAGCUGUUAUAUCGUAACUAAAGGAUAUGCUCACAAACAAGAAAGGGACGUCCUCGACCCACUUGAAGCAAUUCACUAUGUUCUCUCAAGCAAGGUGCCUAAUUUAUUGAACUUGAAGCAUCGUUCUGAUCCCACCGUUAUUUCCUUGUAUGAAGCAGCCAUGGAGGAGACCAAGCAGUUUGUGGACACGAACAGAACACUUCUUGAAGAUGUGCUCACCAUAUGCUCUUUCUCUGAAAAAAAGUUUGAAAAA